AGCAUUUUGGAUUUUCAAGACAGCGGCAGCAGACGGUCAGUUAACGACGUCGCCUGACGGCUCUCUGAGGGAAGAAAACUGUGUCCCGUUUUUGUCUUUUUUUUCUUUUGUUUUUGUUGCCUUUAACUUGUCCCGAUGUCCGGCGAAGUAGAGGCGAGCACGGAGGAGCUGCAGGAGAUGCAGGACACUGUUGUAAGUCCAGAAAAAGCCGAGGAGGCCAAACUGAAGGCCCGAUACCCCCAUCUUGGGACAAGGCCCGGAGGGUCAGAUCUUUUGCGAAAGAGACUACAAAAAGGGCAAAAGUACUUUGACUCUGGAGACUAUAACAUGGCCAAAGCCAAGAUGAAGAACAAGCAGCUCCCGACGGCAGCGGAGGAGAAGACCGAGAUCACCGGAGACCAUAUUCCCACCCCUCAGGACCUGCCCCAGCGGAAACAGUCUCUGGUGGCCAGCAAACUCGCCGUCUAAUGCCAACGUGGACGUCUGUGCCAUUCCUGCUGACUCCGUUAUGUUCCCUUAGCCUUAAUUGUGUUGUUUCUGUUUCCUGUCUUUUCUUACUCUCUGUCUCCUGCCUGAAGAAACCUCUCAAUAUAAUGUUUUGAUAUGUAUUGCUGCUACCAUCGCGCUUGGAUCUGAUAUUCAACAGUCUGAUAUAUUAAUGCCAAGGUUUAAACGUGGUAAUCUGGCCUAUAAAGUCAGAUCAGCAUUAUUUUAGGGUUUUACACUCUUUUUUUUUUUUUCUCUCCAUUCAUCAUUUUUUGUUAUGUGCUUGUCUUGACAUAAGACCCGCGUGAAUAAUUAAUAUGGACUUCAGAUAAACUUGAAAUAAUCGCAACCGCCUCUUUUGCCGAAACUGUGCCUCUUGGAAAAAGCAAAAGGCCUCGUAAACGUUAGCUGAUUAAGCUGAAGAAAGUCGAAGCGCUCUUAGAGUUCGUUUGUUGAGAUCUGCCUCCUCCUCGUUUAUGAUGAAAGCGACCUAAACACUGUCCGUUUCUCUCGGGUGCUGGGUUUUCUAGCUUGUGUUGAGCUGUACAAACGUUUACCGUCACAACUGUGCCAUUUGUUUUGUAAAUAAACUAGUUUUGCACA